UCAAGGUAAAUAUGAGCAGGCUGACUAAUCGUAGGUGCCCAGAUCUAAUUUUGUAAAUGACAAACGAGAUAUGACCUUAUAUACUACAAAUCACCUCUUUUAUAGUAUAGAGAGGUACACUUAAAGAGACAUCCAUUAAACGACAUAGUGGACAGGUCCUGGUGGAGGGAAGCCUUUGCCAGCUCUCGGUCUAAGAAUGUCAGCUGCUGCUUUAUAGCCUACCUUAGCCAGUAAGGGUAAACCGAGCUGUAAAAUAAUUAUAGGUUAAUGAUGGGGGACACAGAGGAGGAAAAUUUCCUGUCCUGGAGUUCUCUACCUGACCAUAUUAUUGUCAAAAUAUUUUCUUACCUGAGCCUCCAUGACAAAUUCCAGGCAUCCUUUGUGUGUAAGUCUUGGAAUGACUGCUUCCAUUUCCCUGUGCUGUGGGCAGACUUUAUUUUUCUCAUUCAAGAUGACAGUGAUAAGCAGAUCAGUAGACACAAGAAGUGCCUGGAAAUGCAUGGUAGCCAUUUAAAGAAUGUUCUGAUGAAAAUUGAUCAAAGUAAACCAAAAUGCAGAUCAGCUGCCUGUGAUAUUUUGAAUGGCAUUGCUAAUUUUCCCAACAGGAAACUCUCUUCCAUAAAAAUCUACUUUACGGGUGAGAAUCCUCUAUUUUAUGCUGGUGCUGAAUUUGUGCAAUCUCUUAAAAAAUUAUUUGGGUGCAAUCCUGAAGACAUUGAAGCAGCUUCAACGUCUUUAGUCAAUGUUGACCUCAAUGGAAUGCCAGUUCCUUUUAAUGAUGAGGUGAUUAACCUAUUGUCCUCCAACCAUCCAAACCUGGAGAGUCUAAACAUUUUAAACAAAGUCUUAGUGUGCAAAGUAUCGCCAGAUUCCAUACUGCAAUUAGUCAGAAAAUGCAGGAAGCUGAAAAAGCUGUUUUUGUUCCACUGCAGUAUGUCUGACGAGACUUUGGUGGCCCUGGCAGAAGACAGAAGAGCUCCACUGGAAGAACUUGGAAUUUCUUGUCGAAGAGAACAGAAAUAUGGGAGUGACCUAACCUCUGAGGCAUGGCAACAGCUGGUGAGGAAGUUACCUGAACUGAAAGUGAUGCUGUCUUUUGACCACACCUGUCCACUGCAUCGGGUCUCCCAGAUCAUGAAACCAGAAAUCCCCGUCCAUGUUCUGAAUCUGCAGACCUUUACUAUGAUUUACGAGGAGGUUAACCAGGCUACGUCCUAUUAUAAGAACACACUGGAGGUGGUGGUUCUACAAACAAGGAAUUCCCCAGAGCUGGGGACAGCCCUCGUCAACCUGGCCAGGAACUGUCACAAGCUACACACUCUGAUUGUGUACUGUGUACUGAAGAAAGAGGUAGUAGAGGAAGUUCUGGCACUGAGGCCAAAAAUGAAAGAAGAUGGAACUUAUAUCUUGAAGUGGAAGCCUCAGGCAGAACCUUGGGUUGUUGGGUUGGAAGAAGGGGACUGAGGUUGUUAAACGCUGUUUAAGUUUAUUUCAUAUAUCUGUAGCUUAAUCUAUAUAGAUAGGAUUUGCUUAUUGGAUGUUUAUAAAUAAAUUUUAUGUCUACUUACAACCUGAUUAUUGUUUAAUGAUAUUUAUUUACAUUUUUUUUAAUGAAAUAUACAUGCAGAUACUAGUAUAUAAUAUCAUACUUGUUUAUUAUCAGCUAGUCUUGUACUUUAGAGAAGAAUAUAGAGCUACCUUUUUUUAUUUUGAAAGAUAUUUUUACAAUAUAUUGUACAAUUUAAGUUUUCCACCAGAAGACACUAACUUAACAUCCAAUAUUUUGUUGAAUAUUUUUUUCAGUUCUGACCUCUGUAAUACAGUGCCAAAUUCCUCAAAUUGUAGAUAAUGUUGAAAUGAUGUUACAUUGGUCAAGACUGAUCAGUUAUUAUUUGGAAUGAACCAAAUGGAAAUAUUCAAUGCUUAUUUAGUGGUUGUGAUUUGGACUGACUAUGUUUAUUAUUUGCUGCUUUUAAGAACCUUAGAUCUCUUAGUCGUAUAAGAAGAUAAUUUGAUCAAUUAUGGAAUAAAGAUAAAU